AUGAACCCACCCCAUAGUUGUUCAACAACUUUGUUUAAUCAGGAUCAUCAAAAACUAACCUCGCAGUUAAUGUCUCAAAAAUUAAUGCCUUUUGUAGACAAAGAUCCUUCUAUUAAGGUUAGUGUUUGCAUAAGUAAAAUUGUUUCCGAAUUCAAUUUUACUCUGUCUUACAGAAAGACAUGGAUAGCAAGAAAUAAGGCAAUUGAACAAGUCUACGGUAACUGGGAGAGCUCGUACAAUGAACUUCCACAUUUUCUGUUAGCACUUAAAAAAUAUGUUCCGGGCGCUGUGCUGGAAAUAGAAACACUACCCAUGCAUACAUCUGACGGAACUAUUGUUGAAGGGAAACACAUCUUCCACCGGCUAUUCUGGGCAUUCCAACCAUGCAUCAGAGGUUUUGCCUAUUGCAAACCUAUACUUCAAAUUGAUGGAACCUGGUUAUACGGUAAGUACAAGGGUACACUGCUUAUCGCAGUGGCACAAGAUGGGAACAUCAAUAUAUUUCCGGUUGCUUUUGCCCUUGUGGAAGGUGAAACCGCUGAAGGCUGGGGUUUUUUUCUGAGAAACUUAAGGAGGCAUGUCGCCCCACAACCAGAUCUAUGUUUAAUUUCAGACCGACAUGCAUCAAUUGAAAGUGCAUACAACAAUGCGGAAAAUGGUUGGCACGAUCCCCCUUCAGUGCAUGUUUAUUGUAUCCGACACAUUGCACAAAACUUUAUGAGAGAAAUUAAGGACAAGAACCUACGAAAAAAAAUAAUUAACAUGGGAUACGCUUUAAACCAGCCAACAUUUCAUUACUAUCGGUCAGAGAUUGGCAUGGCAAAUGCAGAUGCUUUAAGGUGGAUUGACAGUAUUCCAGCCGAUAAAUGGACAAGGGCAUUUGACGGCGGUCGACGUUGGGGUCACAUGACUACCAACCUUGUCGAGUCAAUGAAUGUCGUCUUUAAGGGCACACGUAAUUUUCCCAUUACAGCAUUGCUAAGGGCAACGUAUUAUAGACUAGGAUCUUUAUUUGCUGAAAGGGGUGGAAAGUGGAGUGCUGUGUUGAAUUCUGGCCAAACAUUUACAGACAAUUGCCUCAAGGUUAUGAAAGAAGAAACAACAAAAUCCAGCACACAUCAAGUCAGAAUUUUUGACUACAGGAACAAUGUUUUCAGUGUGCAAGAGACAAUGGACCAUGGUGAGGGGAAACCUAUGAGACAUUAUAAGGUCGACCUCUUGAAUGGGUGGUGUGACUGCGGAAUGUUUCAAGCAUUUCGUGUCCCUUGCUCACAUGUUAUCGCUGCAUGUUCGAAUGUGCGCCACGACGCUUACUCUCUUUUGUCCGACGUUUAUAGGGUUACAAACCUGUUUGGGGUUUACAGCGCAAGCUUUCCAGUGAUGCCAUGCGAUGAAUAUUGGCCUGUUUAUGAAGGAGAUCAAAUUUGCCAUAACCCAAGAAUGCGGAAGAACAAGAAAGAUCGCCCUGUAAGCACACGUAUUACAACAGAAAUGGAUAACUUUGAUAAGCUUGAGAGGAAAUGUUCCAUGUGUCGUCAAACGGGACACAAUCGCACCCGGUGUCCCAAUGUGGGAACAAGUAGUCGUUAG